UAACUUUCGUUUUCUUUUCUAGCGUCGUGUGCACUCUGGAGUUGCGGAGGAGUAAACCCUAAUUAUUCAUACGCUGCGAGAUUGAGUGCAGAAAGCCAUGUCACAGGUCGACAACCGUAAUCCCUCGGCCUCCAAACGUGCCCGUACUGAUGGUAGUCGCAGAGAAGAUGACUGGACUUGUCCUACUUGUGGAAACGUUAAUUUCUCAUUCAGAACCACUUGUAACAUGCGGAACUGUCACCAAUCAAGGCCAGUCGAUCAUAAUUCGAAAUCUGCCACCAAGCCCCCACAACUUCCUCCAAGCUAUUCUUCUUCUGCUUAUAUGGGUGCUGGUGCUGCAUCAUCUAUGUAUCUUGGUAUGCCUCCUUAUGGUUCUUCUCUAUUCAAUGGAGGUUCCUUGCCCCCUUAUGACCUUCCUUUCACGGGAGCAACUGGGUACCACUACGAUUAUGGAAGCCGCCUUUCUGCUGGAAGUCCAUAUGGCCCAUUGCAUUUGUCGGGUCCCUCACCAUAUACUAGUGGAACCUUGAUGGGAGCUGGUUAUGGUUUGCCGCCUCGGAUGGAUAGAUAUGGCAUGGGCAUGCCCUUGGCUCCAGCUGCCUUGGGUGGAAGACUGGGAGCAUAUCCAGAGGAUACCCCUCAGAAACGAGGUGGAGAGGGGAUGCGCGAUAGUGACUGGACAUGCCCUAACUGCAAAAAUGUGAACUUCUCGUUCAGAACAGUAUGUAACAUGAGGAAGUGCAACACGCCAAAACCUGGGACUCAGGCCACAAAAUCUGAGAGUAAUAAAGGCUCUAAGCCACAUAUGCCUGAAGGCAGCUGGAAGUGUGAGAAGUGUAAUAACAUAAACUAUCCAUUUAGGACCAAGUGCAACAGGCAAAACUGUGGUGCUGAUAAACCUUCGGACACUAAAAAAUCCCCUGGGUUAACAUCUGAUGAGGAUGAUCAGUGAGUACUACUAGUACACUAUGUGGGUCGAGAAGGUCAAAGUUGUUGGCGUUGCUCACAUGAGGUGUCUGAAAGUCAGUUAUGUGUCAUGUUGGCGGCCAUUGUCGAGUUCCUCCUCAUGAUCUGUGUCGAAACUUGUUGUAUUAGAUGGACCUUGGUUUUCGUGGUUACUGGUUAGCAACUUAAAUUUGGGAGUUAUGGUCUUUAUGGAUCUUCUUUAUUGAAGUCUUGGUCAUAUCUUGACUGGGUAUAAUUGGUAUAAUUAUACAGGUUGGUUUUGUGGGUUACUUGCA